CCAUGGUGGAUAGCUCUUCCAAAGAAGAAUUCUUUCAGCAGACCGAAGACUCCACAAACCAGCGUCGCACUGCAGCAGAGUCGGGUUCCAGUCGGGGCCACAGAGUGUCUCUUGCUUCCACCACUUCCCAGUCAAGCUACCGGAGCCAUAAGGAUGCCCUGCGCCAUCGCAUCCUACACCUAUCUGAGUUGCUGCGAGUGGAGAGGAACAACCGAGAUGAAAAUACCUCCUGCUACUUGGAGCUGGUGAGCAAGGCUGACCGGGAGAAAGCCCCUUCUAUCCGUCAGGCCUUUGAACGCAUCAACCAGCGCUCUUCGGCUAAUAUUGCCCAUCUGGAACAGCGCCUGCAAGAUUGCUGUGCCCAGCUGAAGAAGCUGGAGCAAAAGGUUCUGGUCCCACAGGAGAGUAGCACCAGCACUGCUUCUGCACAACAGCAGCAGCAGCAGCAGCAGCAGCAGCACAUUUUCACUCACAGGACCAACUUCCCCCGGCUGCCACCCUUUCAUCUACCCAGGAUGCGCACUACAGAAACAGGAGCAGCAGAGGAAGUCAACCUCCCUCCCCUCGCAGAGAGCAAGGAAAGUUGUGUUGUCUCAGAGCCAGCCCUAAAUGAAUUAUUUGAGGAAGAAAACAGCCAGAGGAUUCAGGAGUUGAAGACCCAGUUGUUAGAGCUGAGGGAAGACCAUAAGGCCCUGGAGGAUGAAUGUCACAGGUUGGAUGAGGCAUGGAGGGCAGAUAAAAAGCAGAUGAUGGAAUUCCUGCAGGAGGAGAAAAAGAGGCACUAUAUUCUGGAGGUGCAAGUGAACGACGUGAUCCAGAUCAAUCUCAAUGAGAUCACCAACCUCAAACAUGACCUGGCCUGCACUGAAGAGAAGAUGGUCUACCAGUCUUACGAGAGGUCUCGGGACGUAUGGGAGGUGCUGGAGACGUACCAGACCCGACUGGCCAAACUGGAAAUGCAGCAGCAGGCCCAGCAACAGGAGGCAAUGGAGUUGCCCCAGGCCAGUGUGUAUAAACUUUAUGGACAGCUUAUGAACCUUCUACUGACCAUUGCUGCCAUUCUCCUGGUGUGUGCCUCCACGGUUUCAGCCUGUGUCCUUCCUCUUCUGCGUACUCGCUGGCGUGCCAUUACCACUCUGCUUGUGGUUAUUAUCAUCACUGCUGCCUGGCACUACUUUCCUCAUAUUACCCAGCUGGAAUGGAAAGCAUGGUUUCCCUCAGCUUCAUAACCAGAGGACUAAAUGGCACGCACAUUUCAACACUCCCUGAUGUUUAUUUAUUUCUUUAUUUAUUAAAA